GCGUUGGCUGCAGAAGUUGUCUGCCACGUAGUUGGCAUUCUUGUCAUGUUUUUAAAGGCAAAAUUUUAAAUUAGCUUUUUCUUAGUUUUAUGAGGAAGUGACCUAUUUUCCGUAAAAAAAUGAUAUUUCUUUCUCUCUUUUCGAUACUGCCCUCAUUGUUUGUGUUUGUCACUGGUGGAAAACUGCCUGAGCCCGAAGUUAAAGUUGAGGUGAUACACAAACCCCUCAUGUGUUACCGAAAAUCAAAAUAUGGAGACAUGCUUCUUGUUCAUCACGACGGAUUCCUGGAGAGCAAUGGCACCCUGUUUUAUUCCAGCCGCAUACAUGGGGAUAAAAACCCUGUAUGGUUCACUCUUGGGAUCCGAGAGGUGCUCAAAGGUUGGGAUAAGGGUCUGCAGAAUAUGUGCACAGGAGAGCGCAGGAAGCUGACCAUCCCUCCAUCACUGGCAUAUGGCAAGGAAGGAAAAGGCAAGAUUCCUCCCGGCAGCACCCUGGUUUUUGACAUUGAGCUCCUGGAGAUCCGAAACGGUCCCAGAUCACAUGAUUCUUUCCGGGAAAUGGAUCUCGAUGAUGACUGGAAGCUAUCCAAACAGGAGGUGAAAGAGUACUUGAAGAAGGAAUUUGCAAAACACGGCUACUCGCCCAAUGACACGCACCAUGAAGUGAUGGUCGAAGACAUCUUCAACAAUGAGGACGAAGACAAAGAUGGCUUUAUAUCUGCUAGAGAAUUCACCUACCAGCAUGAUGAACUCUAAAGGAUGGAUUUUCUCAGGUUUUUUAAAAUGAUCUUUUGAUAAACUUCCUUGGAAACACAACUGAGGAAUUGUGAAUUAGUUACUGGACUGUGUUACUCAAAAGUCUUCCAGCCACUUCCUGUUUUUUUUUUUUUACACUACAUUUGAGCAGUAUUGUCAGACCUCUGGCAUCAUUUUUAGUUUAUUUAAAAUGUCAUCCGUCAUGUAUUUAUAUUUCCAUUAUUCACGCACUGAUAAUGUUACCACAAAUGCAUUUAGUACUGGCUUCUAUGUUUCAUCGAUUUCAUGACAGGGAUGUUUUUAAAAUAAAAUUAAUUAAUGUUUA